AUCAAUGUAUAGUGUGGCCUGUGAAAUAUUGGCAUAAAUAGUUUUGGCUAAUGUUGGAGUAAUCGUGGUUUUUAUAAUAAGGAGAUUACAAUAGAAAUAAUUUGGUGAUUCCAAUUGUUCGAGGGUGAUAAGUUUUUUUCUAAUCAAUAUUCCAAUUUUUAGUUGUAUGAAAAUAUUAUUAAUUUGAUUGAAAUUAAUGUUUCUCUACUAUUUUUAAAUUGUGUUUGGCAACGCGAACAACGCAGAUUUCCAUUUGUAUGAAUCAUUUUGUAUUGUACAUCUAUGAACAUCCUGUUUCUUUCAAUGUAGACCAUCUUGUGAAAUAAGUAUUGGUGUUUUGUUCCACGUGGGAAUUCAGUAUGAGUUCCCUAAAGCUGCAGAAGAGGCUGGCAGCCUCUGUGAUGAGGUGCGGGAAGAAGAAAGUGUGGCUGGACCCUAAUGAGAUAAACGAGAUUGCCAACACCAACUCCAGACAGAACAUCCGCAAGCUGAUCAAGGACGGGCUGAUCAUCAAGAAGCCCGUGGCCGUGCACUCGCGGGCGAGAGUGCGCAAGAACACGGAGGCCCGCAGGAAGGGCCGGCACUGCGGCUUCGGCAAGCGGAAGGGAACGGCGAACGCCAGGAUGCCGCAGAAGGUGCUGUGGAUAAACCGCAUGCGCGUGCUGAGGCGUCUGCUGAAGAAGUACCGGGAGGCCAAGAAGAUUGACCGUCACCUGUACCAUCAGCUGUACAUGAAGGCGAAGGGUAACGUGUUCAAGAACAAGAGAGUCCUGAUGGAGUUCAUUCACAAGAAGAAGGCGGAGAAAGCCAGGACCAAGAUGUUGAACGACCAGGCGGAGGCGCGCAGGCAGAAGGUGAAGGAGGCGCGCAAGCGGCGUGAGGAGAGGAUCGCGGCCAAGAAGCAGGAGCUGCUGCAGAUGCACCAGCGCGAGGACAGCGCGGCCGCCGAAGCCAAGAAGUGAUCCCAUCGUCGCCCGCCUCCCGCCGCUUUGUUUUUUUGUCGCCUCCUUGUGGGGAAUAAAGGACUCUUUGAAAAUC